AUGUGGUGGUGUUACCAGGUGACCAUUGAUGUGAGUUAAUUUGGUUUUUAGCCUGUUGUUAUUUUAACUGUGUGUAUUGAAUUAUUGCUCUUUUUCUCAAGUGAAAAUUUUAUUUUGCUCUUUCUUUUGUAAAGCAUUUUGAGUGGAAGGUUGGCAAUGAAAUUCAGAGUUGGCUAUCAGGAGGAGCACCCGAUGCUUCCACAAUGGCUGCCAACACUGUCUAUGAUGCUUCAUCCCCUUCACCCUCCCUUAGACAGGCUCAUCUCAAACUGCAGCUCCGGAGUCCCUCCAUUAAGCCUGCUGCUGGAUCCAGGCCAAGGAGGUGGGGAGAGGCAGGGUGCCUUUUGUUCAAUUCUCUAUUGCUCAUUUGCCAAAAAACAAAAGCGCUCGCUCAGACGCCAGGCAGAGUGCUGAGGUGGCAGCUUGUGGGCCGCCACUGGCAAUCCCUCUGAGCGGAAGCCACUGGCUGGGCUCUAGGCCCACCUGCCUGCUUCCCAGAGGGGCAGAGAGAAGCCAGCAUGCUGCCCCUAGAAAAUAAGUGACCCCUCUCCCCGGCAUCUUGGGAGAUUGGCCAGACUUAGCUGUUUCAAGGUUCCUGGGCAGAAGGGAGUUCCACAGCCCUAGCCUGGGAGAGAGAAACACAGAAUCUUGUGCGUCUUUCACAAUAUCUGGGGGGAUGCAAAAAAAGUGAUAAGCCAUGGUUGUCCUAAAGAACCAUUACUCCCUCAAAAACAGCAGGGGUGGGGGAACUUUUUCAGCCCAAGGGCCACAUUUCCCUUCCAAGGGGCCACAUACCAUUGGUGGGCGGUGCCAGAGCAAUGAAUGCAAAUUUUACCUUUAUACAGUAGGCUAGUUUCUGCACCUGCACUCAAGCACCCCUCUCUGCCCUCUAUCCAGACAAGCAGGAGGCAUUACCAGAGCUCAGUGACUCAGUGACUCAUUGAUGCACUCAAGGAGGGGGCGAAUGAGGACUGAUGAAGGGUGUGGCCUGGAGAGAGCGGGUGUGGCCUGGGAAGAGUCCCAAGGGCCAGACAGAAAGGCCUGCAGGGCCACAUUUCUCUCCUUAUCUGCAGGUUCCCCGUUGCUGCUCAAAAGCAACAGCAUAUCUUGCUUCAUGCCAACAAGCUCCAAAACUCAAAACUAUUUGCUCCUUUUUCAGAUCCUAGCCCAAUGCUAUUGCAGCUCUCGCCCUGGGAUGUGGUUAUUACAGUAAGCCCUCAACUUAUGUGCAUUUAACUUGUGUGCAUUCAUGCUUUACAUAUAUGGCAAAAAAAUUAAAGUUUUUAAAAUGGAGUGGGGUUCCAGGAAAAAUGACUUCGGCAUUCCCACCCGCCGUUGAAGCCAAUGAGUUUUGACUAUAUUUUGGCUUUAGACACGACCCCUGAAACGUAACCCCCAUGUAAUUUGUGGGCUUGCUGUAUAAGAUCCCUAGCUGUCUCCUUUAGCUAGUGCCCCUUGUUAGUGGCCAAGUUGCACUGAAGCUAAAGGGGGACAUGAGAGAGCAGAACAGCCUAGAGGGGUCUGGGUACAACUGGCAUAAUUCAGAAAACGCAGAAUGUAGCAUUAGGUACAGGAUCCCGCUCCCUGAGAUUCCCGUUCUAUGAACCUUCUGGAUCAGAACCACUGCCCAUCUAGUCCAGUAUCCUUUUCUCACAGGGGCCAACGAGAUGCUCUAAUGGGAAGCCUGGAAGCAGGAUCCAAGCACAAGAGCCCUCUCCCUUCCUGGAGUUUCCAGCAGCUGGUAUUUAGAAGCAUCACUGCCUGCAGCCGUGGAGUCAGAGCAUAGCUUUUGUGGCCAGUAGCCAUCAGUAGCCACCUGCUCUAUGACUUUGUCCAAUCUUCUUCUAAAGCCAUCUAGGUUGGCCUCCACUCUUUCCUGUGGGAGGGAGUUCCAUAGAUGGGUGCUGUGCUAAAAGUUCCCCCUUCUCAUUUCCCCCAGACACUAGCCAGGCAUUCCUGCAGGCGGCCCCCACCCUGGGUGGGUGAUGGGCGAUUGGAUGCACCCUCAGCCAAGAAUGCAACUUGGACGGUGGAAGCGAGCUGUUGAAAUCUCUGGGGAUCAAGGGAGGCUCAGUGGCAGAGAAUGCAUCGUGCUGACCGCAGCUCAAAGCUUGCCCGGUGCCUAUCGGGACGCUGGCCCUAUAUAAACAAACAGGGACGGUCCAGGCAGCAGGGCGGCCCAUGGAGGAACUGUCACCAUUCAGCGAGCGAGGUGAGUCACUCCAGAGAAAACCCCCCUUCCCCAAAUUCUCUCCCCCGUCUGGACUUUAUUCAUCAAGACCGAGACUCCUGUCCGGAAAGAAAUCCUCCCAACAGGCUGUCUCUUAAAUUGAAACCCCCCCCCAUAAUCAAACUGGAGGAAAAUGGCAGGUCUUGGACAACCUAUUUGCAUUGCAUUGCUAUCCCACUUCUCCUCCUCAGAGCUCAAGGUGGUGUAUGUGGUUUUCCCCCACCCCAUUUUAUCCUCACAACAACCCUGUGAGGUAGGUUAGGUUGAGAGAGGCAGUGGACUGGCCCAAGGGUGCACCCAGGGAGCUUUGUGGCCGAGUGGGGAUUUGAAUCCUGUAAUCACUACACCAUGCUGGCUCUCAACUGAGGAUAGAUGUAGCUAAUAAUAAUAAUUUGCACCUCCACUGCCCUAUGUGCAUUUUUGUAGGUGAACUGAUCCACUUCUUAACUUUGCGGAAAAAUACGCAGAUCGAAACGCAGCCAUUCUUUGAGAUUUGCACAUCUCUGAAUUUUGUGAUGCUGUUCUCCAAAUGAAUAAUGCCUAUGGGGGAAAUGUGCAUUUAAUGAAAUCAACGUAUUAAAAUUAUAGGGGAAAUCGCUUGCAAAAAAAAAUGUGCCUGUCAGGCAAAACUGCAUGCAAGAAUGUGUAUAUUUGGAAAAAAUGGCACUAAAACUCUGAUGGAUUUCACGAGAACUUAAAAAAUAAAUAAAUGCUGAUGCAGAAGUUAGAAUCUGAAACUGACAGAUGAGUCCAUGCCUAUCUGCACACCACUGUCCCAUUUUGGAACACAAACUGAGGGGAGAGACAGGAAAAGUCAUCCAGUCACAAACCGGACAAACUUGCACCUCUGUUCAUUGCAGGUGAGGUGGGAGCCUCCUAAAUUUGCUUUUGGGGUUUAGAAAUCUACGUUGUGAGUUUGGGGCCCCGCAUCUGCCAGACACUGCCCUCUCCUGGAAGCACUUGUGUCUGCAGCAAGGACGAACCUGAAAGGACCUUGCUGUCAAAAUGGGCACCUAUGCAGAUUUUGAGACAAGUUUGAUGCUUCCCCCUGUUUUAUCUCUCCCUUAGAACUCAGCCACGCAGCCAAGAUGGCACAGAUAAACCCCCAACCGGCCCAGGUGGGCACGUGGAAGGUACGUCCCGGUGGUUAAAACGCAGGCGGAGAGCCACAAAGACUCCUGUGGCAAUGCAAAGACUGGCAGAUUUAUUGCAGGGGGUUGGACUAGGUGACCAUUCCAGCUCUACAAUUCUGUGGAUUAUGCUUUCAUGGCCAGGGUUGGCUUUAAGUUUGAGGGGGCCUUGGCAAAGGGGCAGCCUGGUGCCCUCCUGGCUCCUGCUCCUCGUGGUCAUACCUGGUCCCAGUGGUUCCAGCAACAGGCAGCAAUCUAAGUGGCUAGGAGCCAAGCCACCAUUUGACAGUACCCUGGGGUGACGCUACUUCAGGGGUGUUGUGGGUGAUUAAAAUGGCAUCCUGACACUGGGCGAGUGGGGCUGGCAUGCUGGAACCUGAUCUGCGGAUUAGAUUAGGGGCAGGGACCUUUUUCAGGCCAUAGAGCACAACCCCUACUGGGCAGGGCCAGCCCUAUGAUGAAGCAGAGUGAGACAGCUGCCUCAGGCGGAAGAUGCUGAGGGGCGGGGAGGAGAUGGAGCUGUGAGGCUGCCAUGAUGCCUGCCUUGUACCCUCUUCACUAGCCUGCUAGUGUUUUCCUUUUCACAGUGUCAGAGUAAGAUUCAGCUGCCAGUUCAAUGGGCUUCUCUAGAUGCCUUGAGGAGGGCUCCACCUUGUCCUUUGCCUCAGGCGGCCAAAUGUCUAGAGCCAGCCUGGCUACUGGGGGGCACCAGAUUCCUGCAUUGCAGGGGGUUGUACUAGAUGACCCUGAGGGUCCCUUCCAGCUCCACAGUUGUAUUAUUCUAUGCCCGUGGUGGACGAGCAGAACAAUGGGUGUAAAUUAGUACAAUAGGCUAGCUCCUACACAUGUUAACACACCCAUCCCUCUGUUUCCUAUUUUAAUUUUUAUUUAUAAAGUUUAUUAAAACUGACAACAUAAAAACACAAAAUGAGAACACAAAAUACAUAAGAAAAAGAAGAACAGGAACAAACCAAUAACCCUUUCCUCCCACAAACCCUUUUCCAUCCCAUCAAGGAAGAGUAAUUUCUAGCCAGGCAAAAACACUGAAGGAGGGACAGGGAGGGGCGUGGCCUGGAGGGAGGGGUGUGGCUAGGGAGGAGGCGUGGCCCAGGAAAAGUUCUGAGGGCCAGCCAGAAAGGCCUGGAGGGCCGCAUUUGAUCCCCAGGCCUGAGACUCCCCAUUCCUGGCCUAGGGGUCAUUUUCAACCAGAGCAAAGAGAGAGUAUGGAAGAGAGAUAUUUAAGCUUGCCCUCCUAUGAGGCUGAGAGAUGCUGGAACUGGGUGUCUUUCAAGGGCAGCAAAAGCAGGUCCUUAAAAUUUCCCUCUUUGGAAAGCGGGAGCCCUUGCCCUGCCCUGCCUGACGGUGUCGCUCUCUUGCAGAUCACUGCCUAUGAUCAGGAGAACUUCCAGGGCAAACGGAUGGAGUUUGCCACCUCCUGCCCCAACAUCGUGGAGUGCAGCUUCGACAACGUGCGCUCGCUCAAGGUGGAAAGUGGCGCGUGAGUACAGGGGGUAGCGGGGCUUCCGAAAGCAAGAAGUCAGGGUUAAGUAGAAGAUGAGAAGAAAGAGUCUGCCGGAUCAGGCCAAUGGCUCAUCUGAGUCCAGCAUCCUGUUCUCACAGGGGCCAGCCAGAGGUCCAAUUGGGAAGCCUUCAAGCAGAGCCCUCUGCCCUCCUGCGGUCCCACCACUGUGGGUCACACGGGCCCCCAUAGCAAGUGUCCUUCUGUUCUCACAUGUUCCAAAACCGCCCAGCCCACCUGAACCCACAAAGGCCCUCCCCCAGAGCCCGUAGCCUGCAGGAAACAUAGCCUUGGUUUGAUUUGACAAAGGUGGUUCCCUGAGCCACGUACGGCAAGGGUGAAGUUCAUUGGACAUCCCCAUCCUCGUCCCAUUUAUAUGCCACCUUUUGAUUUAAGUUUCCAAGGCAUCUUAAACAACACAAAAGGGUGCUUCCAGGCUGUUGCGGAUCCAGCCACCUGCUGGCAAAUUGGGGGUUGUGUAAUUAGAGCUGAUUAUGAGGCCCUCUGCAAGAAACUGGCUCGCCCCCCACCCUAUAAAAAUGGAUUCCCCCCCUCCUCUUUUUUGAAAUAAGGAAAGUGAUGAGGAAAUGCACUGGAAAGCAUGGGAUGGAAGCUUGCUUUGGCUUCCCUGCAAACAAAUCAGAAUAAAUGUCUAUUAAAUAGCCAACGUAGCAUCUGAUUUCCCUGGAAUUUCCUGGAGCACUGUGGUGUUGCCUCUUUUGUGCAAGUUUCCUUUAUGUGUUUAUUUAUAUCUUUCAUCUCCUUACCUGACCGUGCUCUCUUUCUCUUCUUUCUUUCUUUCUUUCUCUCUUUCUCUCUUUCUAUUGUUAGAAUAUUUUGUUAAUCUCAUUAUACAUGUAAUAUAUAUUUUUUUAAAAUUAUAUGGGAUAUUAUGCCAGAAUGCAUAACUUGCUUGAAGGAGUCCAAGGGUUGAAACAGUGUAAGCCAGGGCCAGCCCACCCAUGAGGCAAGGGUAGGCGGCUGCCUAAGGCAGCAGGGUUCAUAGAGGAGCAGAUCCAGCCUCUAAGGAAUGCAUUGCCCACUACUGCUGCUGCUGUAGUGACAGCAGUGGCUGCUGCACGCUCCUUGGAAGCUAGAUCGGCCGCCUCCUUGGCAGCCUCCUCCCCAAAUGCUACCUCUGCAGUAGCCUCUGGGGGAAUAGGAGGUGCUGCUUGUCUCCCCACACCCAUGGGGAGAGAAUGGUGGGGGCUGCCCUCAGGGCCUUUGAUUCCCACAACUGCCAUCAGCUAUGGUUGAUGUGAUUCCCUACCUUGUUCCCAAUGUAGAUUUUCGCCCAUCGCUUCUUCCCUGGAGGGGGGGAGGCACCAUUUUCUGGUUUGCUUCAAGUGACCAGAUGUCUUGGGCUGGCCCUGGCGCAAGCAGCUCCUGAAAGCACAUCCAUCGGGCCGUACUGAGGCUAAUAAAAGAUAGGCUGUUGGACUGUUGUUCCAUCACAAGUCACCUUGUCCAUACUGCUGCAAUAUAGGCUGCCUAAAGUCCUUCUGAAAACAUGGGGUUGCCCUUUUCUCCAGCCCGCAGGGUCCAUGCUUUGUGCACUCUUAACGAAUCAGCGUUCUCAAAGAAAACUCCAGAUGCACCUCCCUUUUGCUCUUAUCUUCCCUGCCAUCCUCUUGUGUGCUGCUGAUUGCAAUUUCAAUUAAAAAUAUAAUGAAAAUAAUGUCCCUGCAGGGUGGAUGCUUAAUAAACAGGUUGUCAGGAAGGGCAUGAAAUUAAAAACGGCAUCUAAAGGGGAUCCUAUGACAGAAACACACGAAGCAGUGAAAAGCUGCCGUCUUAAAAAGGACAGUUAAAAUAUCCCAGCUGUUGCCAGGGAGGUCCCCUGAGGUGACCAAGUUGGGGAUUCCCAGGCCAAAGGAAAGUAUUGAGAAACCUCCCUUUACACAAGAGGCUCAUGCAUAGCUGACUGAGGCAGGUCAAGAACCCAGCCCCAGAAUCAGACCAGUCCGGGGCUACCCACAAGGCUAUAUUUAGGCUGAAUAACGAGAACCGGAUUAUCACUUCUUCGAGGGCCCGUCGCUCAGCCGUCCUGCUGUGGGGCAGACCGCCCUCUCCGCCAGUGGGAUAAAACGAGGGCAUGUGUUGCAUCCCCUCUGAGUGUCCUGAUUUUCCAGGGACAGUCCCGGAAGUACAAAGCCAUCCCAGCUUCUGAUUUGACCCCAGAAUGUCUCCUUUUCCCCUCCAGCACUGCCAGUGCUGAGCUCGGGGAGUGCGAUGUGCCGGCGCUUGUCCUGGGUGGUGGCAGUGCUGCCUGUGUGAGGAAGCAUCCUGUUGCCUCUUCUGGGCCUCUCCAUGGCUGCCUCCUCCCUUGGGCAGCUCGCAGCAGCUGCUGGAGAGCAGGCAAGGAGGAGAAGAGGCUACCACCAACGAGGCCCAGCCCCGUACCACAUGCUGGCUCUGAGGGGUCAGCAGAGGGCAGGACCGCCCUGGGCAGCAAGAAGGGUGCAGUACAAGGAGCCUUGGUUUUGUUAAUUUAAAAAAUGCUUUGUGUAUCCACAUCAAAUAUUGCCCCUUUCUAAAAUGUAUUUAUGACUGUGUGUUUUUCUUCUUGCAAAUCUACCAAAGAAUAAAAUAACAUCAGGACUAAGAGGUUUUCUCAGGACAGUGGAGGGCCUGUGCGCUGUGCCCUGUUGGUGUCAUGGGGGUGGCACUCGCUCUUGGUGGGGGGACCAAAAUUUGGGGGGUCGAGGAGGGUGGGGAGUGAGACAUGCCCCUCUUUUCAUCUGGGGAAGGUGUGGUGAUGUGGUUUCUUGCUGAGCGUCUCCUCCUUCCUCUCCGCAGCUGGUUUGGCUAUGAGCACACCAACUUCUGUGGGCAGCAGUUUGUCCUGGAGCGCGGAGAGUAUCCCCGCUGGGAGGCCUGGAGCGGCAGCAACGCCUACCACGUGGAGCGGCUGAUGUCCUUCCGCCCUAUCUCCUCCGCAGUGAGUCCCAUCGCCUUUGCCGCGCGGCAUUAUGCAAGGACCACAAUCGCAGGCCUGUUAAAACGAGACCUCCCUGGAGAAGGAACCAGCUUUCCCGGUUCAGGAGGCAAGCGUUCGGGUUUCACAGAACUCCUUUUUGAGCCGCAUGCAAACUUUCAAGCUUCACAGAGUUCUUCUUUAGCAUAAAUAAAUAAAUAAGAUUCUUGGGAGGUUUUUUAAAAAUGAAAUUGCCUAAUAAUAAUACCAUCUCCAGUCCAGAGAUUUGGGUGUGUGGGGAGGUGUGAAUUGAGUUUGUUAAUUUAGUUUAGAUGGGCAGGGUACAAAUAAGAUUCAUCAUCAUCAUCAUUUAUAAACUGCUUAAUAUUGUAAAAAAAUAUUUAAGCGAUAUGCAAGCUGCUGAAAUUCUGCAAAAGGGUAAAACUGGAGUUGUUUUUACUUCUUGCUGUAGGGGUGAAAAGGCUUAAGGCCAGCCCUCUUUGCCCCCCCCCCCCCCGGGUUAGGAAUUACAACAUCACGGCUUUUCAAGUUAAAUUAAAACUGCUGCAGAAGAAGCGUAUCAACAGCUUUUAGGCAGACAGGCUAAGAGGGCUCAGUCCCAAUGUGUCCAAAACUGGGAGAGAACAAUAGAGGGCCUGGGCAGCUGAAGCCACGGGUAGCCCCUGCCUGGCACAUAGUGUCAUGCACAGAUCUUACCCUAAUAUUAUUGUCCCGCAUCUCAGGCCCCUUGAGCCCUGUGUGCUGGAGGGGCUGUGAAGUCAUGGGAACAUCCCUACCUUUAUGGUGGCAGCGCGAAGUUGGCAUCCUGAAUUUUGGACAGGUGUUUUCACUGAAAAGAGGGCUGCUUUGCUCUUUCCUCCACCCCCACAGAGCCACAAAGAGUCCAAGAUCACCCUUUAUGAAAAGGAGAACUUCAUGGGGCAGCCGUGGGAGGUCCAUGAUGACUACCCUUCCCUGCAGGCCAUGGGCUGGAGCAACAGCGAAGUGGGCUCCAUGAAGAUCCACUGCGGCGCGUAAGUGGGGGGCGAUGGCAGGAGACAGCUUCUGAGCCAAGAUGUGAGGCCAGGGAAGGGUGCCAUGUGGGCAUGCCAACUCCAGGGGGCCAAGGUGUCUUCACCCCCCCCCCCCGAUAUUUGUUUGAAGGGGACCUGGCCCCCUCAAUAUCGAGGACGCAGCAUCACGGAAGGCAGCACUGUCCUGCACACUGCCAGGAGACAAGUGUGACGUCAUGCGCGUGCAACGUGACCCCCUUAAUCUUGGGGAGAGCGGGCACCUCUGCCCCAGAUGUGCCAAGAUGGCCUGACCUGGGGUAGUCAGCCUUUUUAUACCUACCGCCCACUAAUGCAUCUUUCUUGAGGGUAAAAUUUCCUUACCGCCCACCAGUGCCCAAUGGAAGGAGGGUUCUGCUUGUGCCAUAGAACCCCCUACCGCCCUCCGAGAAUCCUGAAACGCCCACUAGUGGGCAGUUGGGACCAGGUUGACAACCCCUGGCCUAACCAAACCGCCCUAGAAACAAGUAGGCAAACAGCACUUUCUGCACCUACCAGGGAUUUGCAACUGGGUCACACACACCUGGUUGCUGAUUCCUGCAUUUCAAGGGGUUAGACUGGAUAAUUAUUAUUAUUAUUAUUAUUUAUUUAUACCCCGUCCAUCUGGCUGGGUUUCCCCAGACACUCUGGGCAGCUUCCAACACAAUAUUAAAAUACAGUAAUGCAUCAAACAUUAGAAUCAUAGAAUCAUAGAGUUGGAAGAGACCACAAGGGCCAUCGAGUCCAACCCCCUGCCAAGCAGGAAACACCAUCAGAGCACUCCUGACAUAUGGUUGUCAAGCCUCUGCUUAAAGACCUCCAAAGAAGGAGACUCCACCACACUCCUUGGCAGCAAAUUCCACUGUCGAACAGCUCUCACUGUCAGGAAGUUCUUCCUAAUGUUUAGGUGGAAUCUUCUUUCUUGUAGUUUGGAUCCAUUGCUCCGUGUCCGCUUCUCUGGAGCAGCAGAAAACAACCUUUCUCCCUCCUCUAUGUGACAUCCUUUUAUAUAUUUGAACAUGGCUAUCAUAUCACCCCUUAACCUCCUUUUCUCCAGGCUAAACAUGCCCAGCUCCCUUAGCCGUUCCUCAUAAGGCAUCGUUUCCAGGCCUUUGACCAUUUUGGUUGCCCUCCUCUGGACACGUUCCAGUUUGUCAGUGUCCUUCUUGAACUGUGGUGCCCAGAGCUUCCCUAAAAGCUUCCCUAAACAGGGCUGCCUUCAGAUGUCUUCUAAAAGUCUGGUAGUUGUUUAUUUCCUUGGCAUCUGAUGGGAGGGCGUUCCACAGAGCGGGUGCCACUACCGAGAAGGCCCUCUGCCUGGUUCCCUGUAACUUUGGCUUCUCGCAGGAAGGGAACCUCCAGAAGGCCCUUGGAGCUGGACCUCAGUGUCUAGGCAGAACGAUGGAGGUGGAGACGCUCCUUCAGGUAUACUGGACCGAGGCCAUUUAGGAUGACCUGGGGGGGGGGGGCGGAAUCCCUUCCAACUCUACAGUCGAAGGAUGUGGAGGGUUAGCUGUGCUCCCUGGACAGCUCUUCAUGGCCCCAACUGGGCAACUCAGCUUUUGCAUCUCUCUGCAACUCCUCCUCUGCAGGUGGGUUUGCUACCAGUACCCCGGCUACCGCGGCUACCAGUACAUCCUCGAGUCCGACCACCAUGGCGGAGACUACAAGCACUGGCGGGAGUGGGGCUCUCAUGCCCAGACCUUCCAGAUCCAGUCAGUCCGGCGCAUCCAGCAGUAG